CCACAAAAUGGCGUCAUAGUGGUCGCCGUUAGGUUAGUUAUUUCUCUGUCCUUGUAAACCGGAAAAAUAUUGCCCUCUUAACCUCUCAUCUUUGCCUAAAACCACUACAAACUGCACUCAUCUUUCCACCCCUCUCAUCUCAGCUCUCGUAUUUCGAAGCAAAUUAUCCGAUCACCCAGGAGCUCUCUAUCUCUCUCUGCAUUUUGGAAGGCUUUAAUAAAUUUGUUGCACGAUUAGGGUUUCAGAAAAGUCGGAUUGCCACCUCCAUUCAUCACCUUUAAUGUCUCUUCUAUGUAUUAGAUUCCAUUCGCAUAGACCUAUUAAUUCCAAUGCUUAUGAAUAGAUCAUUCACCUCCUUCUUUAAUGGUGUCCUUGAAACUAUUGCUAUGAACCUAUCUUGUGGUCCAGGGAAAAAAGCACAGACAGCCAACAGCUUAAUGGAGAUCGGUCAAGAUUUUGUUUCACGUCUUAUUUGGAGAUCUUUUUUAUGGUUAUUAUGAAAGCGAGGCCUUGUCUGGAGCUCAAUGGGCGUGCGGAGGGCGCGGCCGUGUACUCUCCAGAGAUUGAUGCUCUCUUCGGCUAAUCUGGCUUUGUUACAUUUGCAGAAACAGUUGCGCUGGAGAUCACACAAGAAGCCAAUCUCUCGGUCCAUUCUGUGUGGUUUGAUGCUUUUUACUUUAGGUUUAAUUUCGCUUCUCACUGGACAUUUUGCUACUGAUCUCGACUGGUACUCUCAGCGUUUGAUAAUGACCGGUGCGCUGUACUUCAGACUGAAAGGGGGGCAUUAUGCACCAAUCAAUAUAUGGAAGUCAACAUCUUCAAAGUUCUAUUAUGGAUGUAGUAAUAGAAGCUCUCAUUUCACUUAUGCUGUACAUGAGCAGUUUUCUGAUCGCUAUUUGCUUAUUGCAACAAGUGGAGGGUUAAACCAACAAAGAACAGGGAUAAGUGAUGCUGUGGUCGUUGCACGUAUUCUGAAUGCUACACUAGUUAUACCACAGUUGGAUCAUCAUUCGUUAUGGAAAGAUGAUAGUGACUUCGAGAGUGUUUUUGAUGUUGACUGGUUCAUCUCUUUUCUCGCAAAGGAUGUCACCAUUGUUAAGAGAGUCCCUGACAAAGUAAUGAGGUCAAUGGAAAAACCUCCAUAUACAAUGCGCGUUCCAAGGAAGUCGACUACUCAGUAUUAUCUGGAAAUGGUUCUGCCAAUACUUAAGAGAAGGCGUGUUGUUCAAUUAACAAAAUUUGAUUACAGGCUUGCAAAUAACCUUGAUGAUGAACUACAAAAGUUGCGUUGCCGGGUGAAUUAUCAUGCAUUGAGAUUUACAGAACCUAUACAGGAACUUGGUCAAAAACUGGUGAUGAGAAUGCGGAAGUUGGCCAACCGUUUCAUUGCAGUCCACUUGAGGUUUGAACCUGAUAUGCUAGCAUUUUCUGGUUGUUAUUAUGGUGGUGGUGACAAGGAAAGAGCCGAGCUUGCUAAAAUCAGGAGCCAUUGGCCAACACUACCUCCUUUGAGCCCUGAUGGAGAGGGAAAACGAGGCAGAUGUCCUUUUACCCCUGAGGAAAUGGGUCUGAUGCUGAGGGCACUUGGUUUUAGAAAUGAUACAUACCUCUACGUUGCCUCAGGAGAAAUAUAUGGUGGAAAAAAGACUUUGCAGCCCCUUAAAGACCUCUUUCCAAACUUUUACACGAAGGAGAUGCUUGCUAAUGAAGAAUUGAGACCUUUUCUUUCCUUCUCGUCACGCCUUGCUGCCAUUGACUACAUUGUCUGUGAUGAGAGUGACGUAUUUGUUACUAAUAACAAUGGGAAUAUGGCAAAGAUUCUUGCAGGUCGAAGGAGGUACAUGGGGCACAAAAGGACUAUCAGACCCAAUGCAAAAAAGCUGCGUUCGCUGUUCAUGAUGAGGCAGAAGAUGGACUGGGAUACAUUUGCCAUGAAGGUGAAAUCAUGCCAGAGAGGUUUCAUGGGAGAACCAGAGGAAAUGAGACCAGGACGAGGUGACUUCCAUGAAUUCCCGUCCUCUUGCAUCUGCCGAAAACCACACAAAGAUUAUGUUGAAGAUAGAAAUAAUACACUCGUACACAACAGCCAGUGGGACAGUAUUCCAUUGCCUUAAAGAGGGGAUGAAUCAGAAACAAUAUAACGAGUUAGGCCAUGAACAAAAGCUGCACGGGUUUGACGAGGGAAGAAUGAACAAAUAUUAAAUACCUAAUUAUCAUCAUAUGGAGAUAUUGACGAAAAUUGGUUACUGUCGGAUUAGAAAUUACAAGUGGCAAAUAUCUGUUCUACAUGAUCAUCAUC